CCUCUGGUAUGGGGUCAAUGGGGUCAGGAAUCCCUGGUGCAGUAAAGUGGUGUGACCAAUAGGCGUCACUGUUCUCCAUCAGUGAAUCACACAGACAGCAUACGGUUUGGUGAGGGGGGGUGACGUCAUUGUUGGGGUAUUUUCAAGAUGGCGCUGGACUGUGGCCGGGAUGCCGCUGCUGCAGCUAAACGCUGAGGGAUUUAAUUAAUCUUCCUCCUCAGCGUCGACGUCCACUUCGAGAGACUGAUGACAUCUUGGUAUUUUGGACACCAGAGAGUAACAUGUUACAUCCUGUGACUGUCAGGUAACGCUGGAGUCUCCCUGGCUAAAAUGGUAGCCCCUUCCUCCAAGAACAACAAAACCUGCUGCUGCUGCGGAGCUCGGCCGACGGGGCAGGAGGACUCGAUGCAGGUUUUUCUGCCGGGGCCCGAGGCUCGCAUUACGGACUGAGUGGUCAUGGAAACGACGGGGGAGAACGGAGGGUCGUUUGCUGUCGACUUGAACGAGAACGAAGAAAUAAGAGUCUGUGGAGGAGGAGGAGGGUUAGCGGGGAAGAAGCCUUACAUCAGAGAGCACGGCAGAGCGCUGCUGGACGGGGUCAGUGGGGGUCAGGAAGCCGGUAAGGGUCAUAUUUACGUGACCGGUAACGGGAGGAAUGUAAACAGUGACUCCUCGGUACAGCCGCACACACACAAGAGGGACAUAAUGCUGGAUUUGGUCACAGGGGAGAAGUACCUCCCCGAGCAGCUGACUGAUAGCUGUGUGGUCUCUGGGGUCUGUGAAGACCACGGCGGCCUGAACGGAUUUACUGAGUCACUCUGUGAGGAUGAGCCUACAAUGAUCGGACUGGAAGGAGGAGGAGGAGGUGUAAGAGCAGGGGAAGGAGAGGGAGGAGGGCCCGGUCUAGCAGGGACCACAGCCGCUUCCUGUCGAGCUGUGCUCGGGGCUCGGGUUUCAGAGGAGACGGACCGAGGGGUGCGCCAGCAGCCUGCGGGGGAGAGGGAAGGGGAACACGCAGAGUCCGAGGACGUCACCCCGGUAGAAGUGUCGGCUGGCUGCAUCGGGACUUCUGCAAUUCUUGAUCGGAUGCCAUGCACGGGGAGGCACCAGCAGGACUGCGCCUGCACAGCAGCUGAUCUCUCGGGUCCAGAUGUAAACAUGCCCAACGGGGAUGUUGACAGUACGGGAUCCUGCGAUCCAGAAGCGGAUCUGUCUCAUUGCAGACCGACGGGGAUGUUUUCCAGCCAGCAACUGGACGAGAGACAUGGUUUAUGCGAUGUGGACUGCGAGGAAGUGAAAGUAGCCAACGGGGGUUUACACAUCGUGACAACCGCCAGAGAUUCAUAUGAUUGGCCCGAUUCGGACUAUCUGCCCGAAAACAACACGGACACUGAUCUGGACCUGGGUCUAGGGCAGGAAAACGGGGCAGGAUUAGAAGAGUGUCUAGGGAGCAGAGGGGCCUCCAGCGGGACAUCGGUUCUCCAGUGCCCGGUGGAGGAUGCUCCAGCCUCGGCAGAACAUAAUCACUCCACCGAUUCCCCGGCCCCAUCUCCGGACGAGGACUCUCUCCCCCUUGGAUCAAGUGCCAAACCCCCCUCUCCAUGCCCGUCCCCCUACCCUAACGUGAACGGUGACAGUCCGCUAUCUGAGCCCAACAUCAGGGAGGAUGAGGAGGACUUCAGUGACCUUAGUUUACCAGUGAGGCCGGUGAGUUUGAGAACUAACCCAAACCUCGCGGUGUCCCUCAGCUGUGAUGCCACCCCGCUGUCCCCGGACGAUGAUGGUGGCUUUUAUUUUGGAGACGAGGGUUACGAGGGGGACUUGUGGAGCGUUUUGGAUGCGGGUCGCAGGCAGAGCGCCCCGGACAAGCUGCCAGACCUGACCGAUCAGACUGACAGCUCGGACCCUAAGCUGAUGCCAAAGAGGUUUGGCAUCGCUGAUUUCUUCACCAGGAGCCUGUUUUCUAGGAAACCCAAAGAGCCCAAGGCACUGUCCCAUAAUGCAACAGGGUGGCGACUGUUUGGCAAGACACCGUCCAGAGAGGGUGAUCAAACUAAAGACCCCACCUCCACAGUGUCCACUGAGCAGGAGGAGGAGGAGGAGGAGGAGGAGCAGGAGCAGGAGGAGUCAGGCGAGUCAUCGUGUGCUCAGCUCCCCCUGUCUGCAGGGAGGAGGAAGAACCUUGAAUUUGAGCCUCUUUCCACCACAGCUCUCAUCCUGGAGGACCGGCCAGCGAACCUACCUGCCAAGUCUCUGGAGGAAACUCAGCGGCACAAAAUGGAGUACGAGGAGAUGGUGGCUGGAGCCAAGAGAAGAGAGUUAAAGGAAGCCCAGAGGAAGAAGCGUCAGAUGAAGGAGAGGCACAGGCAGGAGGACAUCAUCUCCAACGCCAUGGUCAUCUGGAACAGCGAGAUCCUGCCUAACUGGGACACCAUGAAGGGAACAAGGAGGGUCAGGGACCUGUGGUGGCAGGGACUUCCCCCCAGCGUCAGAGGCAGAGUGUGGAGCCUCGCCAUUGGCAACGAGCUCAACAUCACACCAGAGCUGUAUGAGAUCUUCCUGUCUAGAGCCAAAGAGAAGUGGAGGAGCUACAGUGAAACCAGUUCAGUCAACGACAAUGAGAGCGAUGGAGGGGCUUCUCUCGCUGACAGAGAGUCCAGUCUGGACCUUAUUAAACUGGACAUCUCCAGAACAUUCCCCUCCCUCUUCAUCUUCCAGAAGGGUGGUCCUUAUCAUGACCUCCUCCACAGUGUACUGGGGGCUUACACUUGUUACAGACCUGACAUCGGCUAUGUUCAGGGCAUGUCGUUCAUCGCUGCUGUGCUGAUCCUCAAUCUGGAAGAGGCCGAAGCCUUCAUCACCUUCGCCAACCUGCUCAAUAAACCCUGUCAGAUGGCCUUCUUUAGAGUGGACCAUGAACUGAUGUUGAAGUAUUUCGCAGCCUUUGAGGUUUUCUUCGAGGAGAAUCUGCCUCGCCUCUUCAAUCACUUCCAAACCAACAACCUGACCCCUGACCUCUAUCUCAUCGACUGGAUCUUCACUCUGUACAGUAAGUCUCUGCCUCUGGACGUAGCAUGUCGGGUUUGGGACGUCUUCUGUCGGGACGGGGAGGAGAGCUUGUUUCGAACGGGGCUUGGCAUCCUGCGUCUGUUCGAGGAGGUCCUCCUCCAGAUGGACUUCAUCCACAUAGCUCAGUUCCUAACCCGCCUACCUGAAGACCUGCAGUCACACACACUCUUCUCCGCCAUGGCCAACACACACAUGAUCAGCCGAAACCGCCGCUGGGCUCAGGUGUUUUCUGCAUUAAUGAAGGAUGGAACUAAGGAGUCAGAAAAAAACACCAGCCCUGCUUUGAGAAGCUAACGCUGGCUAACCGUGAUGCUAAUGCCAUCUUUCCUCAGACUAAAUUAAAACUCUCACUCCAGGGGCUCAGCUACAAAGCUUGAAGCAAACAUGAGCCAGCUGUGGAUGUGGACGCUGACAUUAGAGCCCCAAACCACGUGGGACAGAGCUGAGACACUUUCACCAGAGACGAGCUGCUGCAUCCAGUCAGGGGAAGAAAGAGGAGGCUCAAGCAUCUUCGUCUGGAUUCUGUGUUUGGAGCCAGAGCGGUAAUCCAAAGUGGUUGGUAAAUUCUGUCCUUCCACAGCUGUUAUCAGUAUUUCACCCGGCAGAUUAGAGCUCAGAGAAGCAGCUGGUUUGUUUUGACUGUUAUGCCACCGUUUUCCAAACUGGAAAUUAAAAAAUUUCAGAUCCUGGGAUUUGUUAUUCCCCCUACCAGCCGGCAUUUUGUGAUUCUGCCUCUCUGCUGGGAAACAAACACCACUAACACUGAGCACUACGCCCUGUGUAAUUCUCAAAGACUCUAAUUACAUCUAAUUUUUCGGUGCUAAUUAUUUUAUUACGGCUUCAGAAAUGACCUCUGUGGUGAAACUAUUAAUGUAGGUCUUUGUGGUUUUGAUUUUACACUAUUAUUCUUUUGCUGCAUAUUUCAGUUUGAACCAGACCUCUGGAUCCGACCAUGAUGGAGAUCUGCAUUAGCAUGGCUCGUGCUAAUAUACUGGUUAUAGCUGAUAGAUUAGCUUCCCACUUUAGCCUCUAAGCUUUUAAAUUUACAAGUAUGACAAACCUGAACAUGGGACGAAACUAAAGACACUUUUUAAAAAUGGAAUCAUUUUGUAUGACGUAGUCUUUAGGAAUCAAAUAACUCGCAUCUCAUUAGCGAUCUGAAUUAAGUCCAAGCAGACUGUGAGAAGAUGUUUUGUGAUUUUGAUGUUUUACAGGAAACUAAUUCUCACAUGUUCCAUUGGUUUGAUGAAGUCUUUUCUACAUGUCACAAAUGAUUUGAAAUGCCAUCCUGUAUAUCAAAAUGUUAGGAGGAUUUUUAAGUGCAUUGACAUUGUUGAUUGUGGAUAUAUAAAGUUACAGUCACUAUAGCAGCCAGGCAGGCUUUUAGAUGUAAUAGAGCAAAAAAAAAACAACCUUCAGUGUCAGCCUUGGAUCAUGUUGUUUGGGUGAAAAUCCUCCCUAAAGAACCUCUUGGAAUCACUUGAAACCACAGUGAGCUAACACUUGUAGCUCAUUGUGUAGAAACGAGGAGCCAUUACAGUUUCAAUCAGUGUUUGAAGGAUCCAGAUUCCCCUCAGAGCACUUUAUACCGGCAGCACUGAAGCUACGUUAUAACAGGCUUUUUAAAGAGGUGACAAAAGGCUUGCCUUUUUUAAACUACAGACAGAGUCCAGACUAAAUAAACAGGCAUUAAGUGUGUCAUUGUUUCUGUGCAGGGAAAUAAACUAAAGGACCAACAUUGCUAGUCAAAGCAGAUAGAAAGAAACACAUAGAACAUCAUGUAGAUACUGGAGCAACAACAGUGGCUCUUUUUGGUGCUGUGUCCACUCACGCCGUUUUUUGCACUGGCAGCGCCUCUUUUCUAUUCAAACCCAAUGUGAUUCAGCAUCCUGAGUGCAAACCCCCCCUCAGCGUCAGGGGAUUUUUGUAGCAGCGCUCUCAGUUGAAAACAGUUCAAUUUUUGGAACACCGCCACACUCACCACUGUUGCUUCUUGAUUACCGACCAACCAGAGUCAAGAAGGGGGCGGGACUCCUGAAGUCAACUUUGUCAACAACAAUGACAGAGGAGAAAAGUUAUCACUUGUUUUUUUGAGGUACAUUUUUUCAAGUCUAGAGCUGCUGAUGCUGUGACACGAUUUCUAUCAAUAGUUUUUACAGUUUCUUGUUAAAAUGCCAUUGAAUGAAAGAAAAUAUGAAGCAAACAGAGCAUUUUAAAACCAUGGUGUAAAAUAGACCGAACAGUCACUACUUAGGGAAGAAAAAGUACUGCAAGACUACUUUCGUAACCUAUCAACAGUAAAUCGUAACAGUAAAGAGAGAAGCACUCUGAAAUUGAGGUCGUGGUCGCUCCCAGUGCAAAUAAAUGACGGCAGUGGACAUAGCACCUUCAAGUUUGGAAAAGCCAAAGGAUGUUUCUUCUUAACGUUGGCAGCAGAACUAGAACAGUCUGGUUCUGGCCACAGCCCAAAGAUAUCCAGUUAACACUCAGAGAGGAGAGAAGAAACAUGGAAAUAUUCAAACUUAACACGCUCUAAUCAAACGAUUUUCAUCACUUUUAUGGAGAAAUAGUUCACUUAGACAAAAUGUUUGUUUAGAGAAUAGACGCAGGUUUAUUUAUUAUUAAUCGACCAAUGAUAAAUUGUUGCAGCUCAAGGUGACUAAACACUCAGACAUCAGACUGGGCUCAGGAAAAUCUGAUGUUUCUUAACAUUUGUAGUCAUAUUUGAGAGGUAGAAGGUGUUGACUUGAAACAUUUAAUCUUCUGAUUCUAUUAUUCGUUGUUAAUGGUCAAAAAAAAACCUUUAUGAAAUUUCCCACAGCACAAAGUGAUGUCUUCAAGUCGCUUUGUUUCCCCGACACUUAAAAGAAAAGUGCCUAUAACGGUAACUCAGAAAUAAUCACGUAUGAGACAGACUUUUACGCUGAACAAGGUGAUUAAGUAGUUGAUGUAACAGAUAAAGAGAUUCACUGAGAGAUAGCAAAUUAGUUGCAGCCCUACAAGUUACGUUACCUCCUCCCAAACAACACUCCAAACAAACGAAAGAUGCACGUGAUGAUGUAUGAUGUGCACACUUUACACUAAAAUAAUUACUCCAACGACGAGCAUCAAGUGGUCUGUUUUUUUGGAGUGAGUGAUUCCAUGCCCGAUUUUGGAUUAUAAUCUCACAGACUGUAAUGUUGACCCCACAGGUCUCUCAGCCUGUUUAAGUGCUUUACAUCAUGUCUCUGCUCUUUGUGUUAACACUCCUUUAAAUCACACACACACACACACACACACACACACACACACACACACACACACACACACACACGCACACGCACAAACGCACACACACGCACGCACGCACUACAACAUAAGAUUCCCCUACAUUUCAUCCAUACCUCUAGAUCCUACACUCACCCAUCAGCAAAUGAGCAGGCCUUAAAAAUGUGGACCAAGCUGCCACUUUGUAGAAUCCUCACAGUGUUGACUGCAGCUUUUCGUGGUCAUGAAAGCAGAAGGUUCAUCGGAGGGGUGGAGAAGCUUUUUAGGGGGGGAAGAAAGAGGAGGUGGUGAGGAGAAAGAAGACACAAGCGAGAUUGUAGCCUCGUAAUUCCUAGUCUUCUAAAUUUCUCUCCUUGUCUACAUACCUUGCACCCCAGUCGCUCUUACUUCAGAUGCAAGAAAAGGGUCAAAAGAAGAGAAACAGAAAGAGAGUAGAGAUAACUGAAAGACUUAUUGUUAGCAAAACACAAUAUUUCUUCAGACAACAUGAUAAUACAUGAAUAUUUUAGUGUAGACAGAGGGAGGUGUUCAGGGUCAGUAACCAUCACCUCCUCCUUUCCAGACCUCCAGGUCUUUUCUCCUCUGAUGUCUUGUUCUGUGUCACACCAGUGUUAAACCAAAUGACUCCAUGACUAAAGAUGUGUUGUUUAACAUUAUUCAAACAAAAACCAGUCUGUACCAGUGUUGUUUUGCUUUGUUUCAUGAACAUUUAAAGACGUGGCUUUGGUUGAGUCUGUGGUGCAAACAGAUGAUUCUAACAGUGAUCUUGUACUUGAUACUAAAACACAGCCGACUAACCUUUCUAUUUCAGGAUGGGUUCUGUGUUUGUUUUCAAUGAAACUUGACCAAAGUGUUGACUAAGCACUCAACAAUAAAACACAGACUUUUGGUAUGGAGUCAGAUGAAUGAGUUUGUAAGUAAGAUGUUAAAAACAGUAUGAUUUAUGUUUAAGUUACAGAUUAAAUUCUGCCGUGCCCUCUCACAUAGACACAAAAAUAACUUUGUGAUUUAUCCAGUGCUCCGAUGUGACCACAUGUAGCUAUGAAUCAGUAACAAACACCUUCAGUGUCUGUCUCUGCUUAAGUUUCCUCUUAGGCCAGAGGAGACGAGCUGACAAAGGAGCACUUUGUGAAUGUGAGCCUUUUUUCUUCUUUAGGUGAAUUCACAACAGCGAGUGCAAUGAUGCUCAAUGAUUAGAUUGUUAGCUGUUCAAAGUUAUUGCCCCGAUAAGGUAAUUCCUAUUAUUGGAAAGUCAACUUGCAAAUUUAACAUCAAUAAAGACCUUUAUUUUUGACUGAA